CCACAAGCAGACAACUUUACACAGCAUGAGGCUUUGGCAGAGAUCCUUAAAAAGCUUUCAAAAAUUGAAAAAGAUUAUGAAUCAAUUCUCUUAUCGGGGGAAAUUGGUGAGGAAAAUUCAAAUUAUCCCAUGGAUCGUACAAUUAAAUGGAAGUCACCGGAAGAAGUUUUCAAUAUUAUAUUAAUGCCAGGUCACUAUCCAAUUCCUGAUAAUUAUGUUGUAGAAACAACUUACAGGAAGAACGAAAAAAUAGUUACUUGUUUUAUUAAUUACCAUGAUAAAAAACCUCAAUAUAAAAUAAAAUUCGGCUUACAUGAAGAUGAAUAUAUAUGUUCAAAUCUUUCACCAACGGCUGUAGCGAAUGCCUAUUUAAAAGUAUAUCAUGAGAAAAUUAUGAGGGAGGAAAAAGCCAAGGAUCCAAAUAUAUAUAUACUUAUAGUAUUUGUAGUAUUUUUAAUGCAAAUUAAACUAGUACGGGAAAAUUCUAUGAAAAAACAUAAAAAUGUUAUUAAACCAUUUGGUGAUAUAACAAGACAAAUGCAAUUUACACGAAAUAAAAACUUCAGUAUGAAUAUCUUACCCGGUAUUGAAAGUCAAAUAAAGCAAUAUUUUGCUGCGGAGGAUGAGAGAAGAUGA